AUGAGAGAUGAAAGUGAUUAUGUUGGCGACGUAGUCAGUUCAGAUGCUAAUGAAUUUGAUGUUGAGCAAUUGGAUUCAAAUGGCCAAGAUGACCUGUCACAUUAUGGAAAUGUAUUUGGUCUUACUGCAGUUGAAAUAGAGAACAAGGUUUUCAAAACGGAGGAAUGUGCUUAUGAAUUCUAUAUGAGGUUUGGGAAGUGCCAUGGGUUUGGUGUAUGCAAAAGAGACUAUGGGAAAGAUGACGCCAAAAAUCUAAUUAGGAGGAGAUUCUUUUGCAAUAGAGCUGGGUUAAGGGAUGAAAAGCACUAUAACAGAUUGGAUAGAAAAAGAUGUCAUAAGCUUGAGACACGAAUGAACUACCAGGCUAAAUUGUCCAUACAUCUUGACAUAGAAAGUUCGAAUUGGAAGGUCCGAAAAGUCAUCCUUGAGCACAACCAUGAGUUAGUAGCUAGGUGUAUGGUAAACUUGAUUCCUAAGUUCCGUCGGGUUUCAGGUGCGGCAAAGGAUUAG